AUGAAAAAAAAAAAAAAAAAAAUCAAGAAAACAAAUGAAGAACAUUACGUAAAGGAUGGAAAUAGCAAAUUGAAAAGAAAAAAAAUAAAAAAACUUCAAAAAAAGAAAAAAAAAGAUAAAAAAGAAAAUAUUGUAUACAAUAAUAAGAAUAGUUUUUUGAAGAAUAACAUUAUCAAAAAAAAAAAAUUAAAAAAUAAAAAAAAUAUAAGACAUAAUAAUAAUAAUGAUGAAGAAAUAGAAGAAAAAAAAAAAGAAAAAAAGAAAUGUAAUUACAAUUAUUUACAAAAUAUUAAUAAUAAAAAGGGUGGAAUAAAAUAUUAUGUGAGCCAUAAUAUAGAAAGAGAGAGAAACUAUGAGGAUAUUAAUAAUACAUAUGUAAAAGAAAAUAUUGAAAUAAACAAAAUGAAUAAUGAGGAUGAUAUAAAUAAAAUGAAUAAUGUGAAUGAUAUAAAUAAAAUGAAUAAUUUUGAUAAUAUAAAUAAUUUCAAUGUUAUACAACAUUUUAGAGAUAAGAAUGAAGUGAUAAUUAAUAAGGGUCAUUGGAAGAAUGAAUUAUUUAAAAAUAGAAAAUUCCAAAAUAAUAUUAGUUAUAAGAACAAUAGUAGAUAUUAUAACAACAUUAAAGAGAAUAAUAUUAUUAAUAAUAAUAAUAAUAAUAAUAUUCAUGAUUAUUUUAAUGAUUGUAAGAAAAUUAAACGUCUUUGGAAUACAGAUAUAUUUAAAACUAAUAAAAAAAGGAAUAUAAAAUAUACAUCCUUAUUUAAAAAUAAUUAUAAUACAAGUAUAUAUGAAAAAUGUAGCAAUAAAAAUUUUAAAAAAGAUAUCAUGUCUUAUAUUGAAGAAAUGAAAAAUAUCUAUAUACCUACAAAUGGUGAAUUAAUAAAGGUAGUUGAUGAAAUUAAAAAUAAAUAUAAUAAAAUAUAUUGUAAUGAUAAUAAUAUAAAUUGUAAUGAUAAUAAUAUAUAUUGUAAUGAUAAUAAUAUAAAUUGUAAUGAUAAUAAUAUAUAUUGUAAUGAUAAUAAUAUAAAUUGUAAUAAUAAUACAUAUUGUAAUAAUAAUAUGUGUUAUAAUCAUACGUGUGAUAAUAUAAAAAAAGCAAAACAAAAUGAAAGAAAUAUAUUAGAUAUAAUUCAAAGUGAAUAUAUAAAUAAUGCUUUCUUAGAAUUAUAUUAUAAUUUAGGUAAAGACAUUAUAUAUUUAAUACAUGUAAUGAAACCAACUAUAUAUGAAAUAUAUAUGAGAAGAAGUAUAUUAUAUAAUUUACAAUUAUUUUUAAAAGAAAUAUAUACAGAUUAUUGUAUGAUAAUAUUUGGUUCAUGUAAUAAUGAUAUAGAUAUAUAUAACUCAGAUAUUGAUAUAUGUAUAUAUAAUACAAUACAAUCAGAUAUAAUUAAUAUUAGAAAAUUAUAUAAAAAUAUGUUAUAUCAUCCUCUUUUUGAGAAUGUAAAUAUUAAAAAAAUUAUUCAUGCUAAAGUACCUAUCAUUAAAUGUUUUUUUAAUUAUACAAAAUUAUCUGUUGACAUUUCUUUUAAUCAAAUAAGUGCUCUCACGAGUUCAAUACAAACACAAAGAUAUAUUCAGAAAUAUCCAUUAAUGAAAUAUGUACUUAUAUUCUUAAAAAUGUUCUUAUAUCAACAUGAUUUAAAUGAUGCUUCAAAGGGAGGUAUCAGUUCUUUUAACAUAUUGUUAUUACUGUCUCAGUUUUUGAAUUCUCAAAGGUUUAUAUUUUAUGACCUACAUAAGGACACCAAUAUGGAAACAGCCAACAACAAUAAUAAUAGUAGUAGUGGUAUAUGUAGUAGUGGUAUAUGUAGUAGUAGUAGAUGUAGUAGUAGUAGAUGUAGUAGUAGUAGAUGUAGUAGUGGUAGAUGUAGUAGUAGUAGAUGUAGUAGUAGUAGAUGUAGUAGUGGUAGUAGUAGUUGUUGUUGUAGUAAUGACAACCAUCGUGAUAGUAAUAACCAGUGUGAUCUUAUAAACAAUGAAAUUCUUUUUAUAGGUGAAGUUGUUUAUAAAUUUAUUUGUUCUUAUGGUCUUCUUAAAGAUAAAAAUAAAUUAAUUUAUUUUUUACAAAAUUAUUAUCAUACAUCUAAUUUAUUAAAUCAUAUUUCUUUUUUUAGUACCAACAAAUCUUCACAACAUUUUUAUGCACACAUGAACGAUUCAGCUACUUUAUUUCAUGAUAUUUUUUGUAGAAUGCAAAUUAUUAAUCCAAUUGAAAAAGAAAAUGUAUCUAGGAUUUCUUUUGAUAAAAUAAUAAAAAUUAGAUUAUCUUUUAAACAAGCAUCUUUUUCUAUGAUCAAUAUUAUUUUAAAUUAUAUAAAUAAAUAUUUUUUAAAUUAUUCGGAAAUAUUAAAAAAUCAUACACAUUCUUAUUAUAAAAUGUUUAAUAGUUAUAUUCAUUUCCUUUCCUUAUUAAACUUAUUAGGAGAUAACCUUAUUAAUAAUAAUCUAAAUAAUUAUUAUAAACUUCUUUUUAAUAAUGUAAAUCCACUCUUAAAAAUAUUAAAUGAUAAUGAAGAACAAAUGGAACAAAUAAAUAUCGAUUGCCAAAUCAAUCAACAUAAACAUAUCACUCAUCAUAAUAAUGAUAAUCAAACAGAUAAACAAAUCAAUCAUAUUAAUAUAUCAUGUCAGAAAUUAGAAUAUAUAUAUACACAACCAAAUUUAUAUAAUAAUUCAUUUAUAGAAACAUCCAUAGAACAACAACAUAUUCCUAUUAAUAAUGUUACAUCUAAAGAUAAUCAUUUAUAUAAUAAUCAAAUACAAACAAUACAACCUCAUUUUGAAAAUCAAGAAAUAAAACAUACGCACAUUAAAUACUUACAACAAUUAGAGAACCAUGCACAAUUAAAAGAAAUUAAUAGUGAUAAUAAUAAUACAUAUGAACAAAAUAUAAUAAAUAAAAAUAAAAAUAAAGAUAUAUAUACUAAUGAUAAUAUGGAAAUAAAUAUGGAGAGUGACUUAUCCAAUUUGAACAAUAAAAUAAAAAUACAAGAAAAUUAUGAUAAUAAUGAUAAUAAUAAUAAUCAUAAUAGUGAUAUUCCAUUGGAUAUAAAAAAAAUAAAAUUGUGCCAUGCUAAACUUCUUAAACAAUUGCAUACAUAUAUUAAAAAACAUGAUUUACAAAUAUUCAAAAAUAAAAUUAAAAAAAUAUUUAAAUCAUUUGAUAAUAAUAUAAAAAAUAAACCUAAUGAAUUAGUUCAAAAUAUAUGUCAACAAUUAACAACACUUAAUCAUAUUAUAGAUGUUCAUGAUAUUUUAUCCAAAAGAUUUUAUUAUUAUUAUAUAUAUAAUGAUACUUUUAAAGAAUUAAAACAUGAUGUCCUAUUACAAAAUGAUAACAAUUUAAUUCACAAACAAAAAAAAGAAAUGUUAAAAAAGUUAAUCAAAAUGAAAAAUUAUUAUGCAUAUAAUUUAUUGGAUCUAGACAUAAACACUAACGUUUUUGUCCAAACAGACGUACAACAGUAA